UGCCAUGGAGGAGAAUGCCGGUGGAGGCGCUGGCGUGAUUCUACCGGCGCGCCGAUGCAGCACAGCUGAGACCAUCACCAUCGAGGAUUCCGAUCAGGAUCGGGAGGAUUAUGGCUGCGGCGAUGGGCGGCAUUCUGUGCCGGGGAUGGAUUCCUUGAUCGUUACCAUUAGCGGAUAUACAGGUACGCAGCGAAGUAGAGUCGUCGCGUUGAUCAACAGGACGGGCGCGCUAUUUCUGGGAGAUCUAUCUACGAGUCACACACAUUUAGUCUGCUGGAGCUUUACUGGAAAAAAGUAUCAUUUGUCUAAAGAGCUGGGAAUUAAAAUCGUCAACCAUCAGUGGUUUGAGGACUGCUUGAGGGCUGGCCGCCGGCUACCGGAAGAACCUUAUACGCACAAAAGCGGGAAAGAAGUUGGUCCAGUGACAUAUCGAGAAGUCAGGAGAGCUGGCGGCUAUACUGCAAGAGAGGAUGUUACGGGACCUCAAGAACCUCAAGCCAGCUGCUUGGAUCAAGAUGCGCGAAGUCCCACACCGCACCAUCAGUCAACCACCCCGCCGCGGCCGCGAGAGAGGGCAAGAAGAGAGCCUUCGACGAGAAGUGGAAAGGAGAACAAAAGAUGCAGACCGAGAAACCACGGGGAGAAAAGCAUCUUGACGGGACUGGAUGCCUUUCUACUAGAAGAUGAGAUCGCCGAGUCGAGCAAAAGAUCUGCGCCUCCAAGCAGGGACAGGGAAACGAAGAGAAAGCACGAGAAUAAGUAUCUUGAAGGCUUCAGAGAUUUGUCUCGCGAAAGCACCUCCCGGAGAAAGGUUUUACAGCCAGUGACAAAGAACAGUCACACCACUAAACGCAAAGUCGAGGUGCAGCUUGAUGCUUAUUUCCCUCCAAAGACGUCACCAAAGUUACAACCGUUUCAGCCGCCUCUUCACAUCGACGAUGCUUCCAAUCCGCGCGAUCUGGGAGCAUCGUCCGCCGGGACAGCUCCAAGGAGCGAGAGUCCGUCGACAAGAAGAUUGUCUACGUCGUCGAGCUCGAGCGAAGACGUGGCGUGUGUUAUUUGCCACGACGAGAACCAGACAAAUGUGGAGGGAGUUUUGGCAUGCGGCCACCAAUUUUGCUUCGACUGCAUCAAAAAAUGGAGCCAGCAUUCCGGAUCCGCCAACACCCCCAAGUGCCCGCUCUGCAAAGCCCCUUUCGAUUUUAUCACCAAGAGGGAGCCUUUCAUAUCCUUGGCAGACGAUGAUGAAAACAAGAGAUACUUCGAGACAAUCGUGGCGAUCGAGAAGAAGAUCCAGCGAACGCGUGCAAACGCUUUCCCUGUGGCUCGAUCGUGCGUUGUUUGCAGCGGUCAGGACGCCGAAGAGCUCUUGCUCGUGUGCAACGUUUGCCGCAGUCGAGCAGUUCACACAUUUUGCUUGGAUCCUCCACGGGUAGAUGCUCUCUACCCGUGGGAGUGCCGGGUCUGCUUGGAACAAGGGCGACGAUACAGACUCUAAGGACGACGAUCUGUGCAAGAGGAAACUUAGAACACAAGAACUUUCCAAAUCCAGAAUCCCGCGGCUUGUUUGGCUCAAGUGCUUUAUAUACUGUUUACGUGAUGCUUAAUUGCUGGAAAGCAGAAAUUCUUCUGCCACUUUAUUGUAAAACAAGUUUAAAGUUA